UAGCUCAAAGACUACCUUUAUCAUAUCGUGUAUAUUUUCAGCAUUUAAUACUGUAAAAACAACUUUUCUACAAUCAUUUUUGUAAAGACAAGCGGAAUGUAUGUAACAGUUUUAUUCAUACUUGGAACAAUAAUAUGGCAAGAUGUAGCCGCUGUGAUAGUGCGGGUACAGCAAGGGUUGUUGGAAGGCGAACAAAAACGGACAAUCACUGGGAAAACAUUGUUCUACAGUUUUAAAGCCAUUCCAUAUGCAUCACCUCCUACUGGUAGCAGGAGAUUUAAGGCACCUCAACCUGCACGGUCUUGGAGAGGAAUACGAAAAGCAACAGCACAUGGCAGUGUGUGUCCUCAAUUCGACUCACUCACUAAUACGUACACGCCUGGAAGCGAAGAUUGUCUUUUCCUAAACGUUUACACCCCAACGUUACCACCGUGCUCUGCUUUGCCGGUCAUGUUUUUUAUCCACGGAGGUGGUUAUAUAUCCGGAUCUGGUAAUGAUGAUUAUUACGGAGCAGAUUUCCUAAUUGAUCGAAAUAGUGUCAUCGUUACGAUUAAUUAUAGACUGGACAAUCCCGGAUUUUUGUGCUUGGAUACUGCAGAAGUACCCGGAAAUGCAGCAUUGAAAGACCAAGUAGCUGCUUUAAGAUGGGUUCAAAGAAAUAUAAAAAACUUCGGUGGAGAUCCGAACCAGGUGACCAUCUUUGGGCAAAGCGUGGGCGGUAUUUCAAUGACUUUACACGCACUGUCACCGAUGUCGAAAGGGCUGUUUCGUAGAGGCAUAGGAACGAGUGGAGUGCCAAUUAGUGAUUACUCCACAGCAUUCGAACAGAGGCGAAGAGCCUUCGCACUUGGUAAAAAGCUUGGCUUUGAGGCUACAAAUACUUCAGCGCUCCUCAAAUUUCUCCAAACUGUGCCUGUCCGACAACUGCUCUACACUAAUUCAUCUGUUAUUGCAGCAGAAGAUUAUAUUCAGAUUGUAAUGAAAAUAUAUUAUACUGUGCCAGUCGUGGAAAAAGAUUUCGGUCAAGAGAGAUUUUUGACAGAACCACCUCUCACUUCACUAGAGAAAGGACGAAAUGAGGUUGAUAUGUUGCUAGGAUACACUUCAAACGAAGGUAUUUUUGCUGUACCCUAUCUUGAAAACUCAAGCAUCAUCGCCAAUUAUGACAGAUUUCCAGAAGUUUUAGUGCCAAUAGAUAUAUUUUAUCGAACAACACCAACGCUCCACUUGCAACUUGCAGAUGUUAUCAGACAACACUUCACUGGGUCGCCGUUGAGAUCUUUAAAUACAAUACCGAUAUUCGUGAACUAUACAACCAACUUUUUUAUUUAUCCCAUAAUUAGAUAUGCAAGGCGUCUAUCCAGUGUUAGAGGAAACGGUGAUAUAUAUUUGUUUGAGUUUUCGAGUGUGUCUGAACGCAAUGUUUUGAGCCAACUUGGCUUGAGAUAUGGAUUAAGUGGAGUUGCUCACAACGAAGAUACAUUGUACGUGUUUAACCCUAAUGUGUUGAAUCUCCCGUUCAAUAAGAGUGCCACAUCCUACAGAAUGAUACAGAAAAUCUGUGACCUGUACACUAACUUUGCAAUAUUUGGAAACCCCACACCAGAUGCGUCGCUGGGUGUAGUCUGGCCCACGUACAACGCAGUAUCCGCUGUUUACUUGGACGUUGGAGAGAAUCUAACACUCCGCGCGAAUCCAAGAGCGUCUAUGAUGAAUUUCUGGGAACGCGUUUAUGAACUAGCUAAUAUACGAUUUUAG